CGGAACAACAGGCGCGCUGUCAUUUCCACGGCGACUUCCUGCCUUUGUGGUUGAUUUGGUACCGUAUUUGUUUUCAUUGCUGCCCAACUCGGCCAAUCAGUAAAACUGACUAUAUCGUGGACCGAGAGCAGCGAGUCUUCCUCCCAGGUGAGCGGCGUGCCCCGUUGAAGGCGACUCUUGCCGGAAUUCGAAGGAUGUUUUCAACAAAGCAAAUGUGGAAGAAAGGCCACGUUCGAAUGAUUUAACACCCGUCUAGCUGUUUGACAGCUGGCACUAUGUCCGUACAGUACACAAUUGAUAUCCAACUGACAGAGUUGGGCUUUCCCGACAUCCUCCAACCUCAGGAAAGUCUCUCCACGUCAUGGGACGACUCACUGUCAUCUUGCCCCUCUCCCGCUUUGCCGACCUCUGACCUCCCCAGAGAAAGCCAGCUAGUCAAAGGGCAGCUCAAAGGCCCACAGGCCUGCGCCUCACCGGUGCUCCAGGCAGUUGGGUCACCUGCGCUCCAGGCAGUUGGGUCACCUGCGCUCCAGGCCGUUGCGUCUCCUGCGCUCCAGGCCGUUGCGUCUCCUGCGCUCCAGGCCGUUGCGUCACCUGCGCUCCAAGCCGUUGCGUCUCCUGCGCGCCAGGCCGGUGCGUCUCCUGUGCUCCGGUCGCCACCAUGUCAACAGCUACAGCCAUCACAUAGUGGACAGGAGACCGGUCGCUUGGCGACCCCCUCGCAAGGCGAUGGGACCAAACCGCCAGUGCCCCAAGAGCCACUGGAGGACAGCGACUCCGAUGACAGCGAUGUUUCGGUGGUCUGCCAGGAAGAUGAGGAGGAGGACGAUGAUGAUGAAGACGGGCUCGACAAUGACUUGACAAAUUCAGGCGACUAUGUCUGCAGUGUGUGCGGGCUGCGGCUGCCCUCCAACUUCAAACUGCUGGACCACAUGAACCUGCACACGGGAGCGCGCCCGUACUGCUGCGCCGAAUGCGGCAAGCGCUUCUCGCAAAUCCACAACUACCGCGUCCACCUGCGCAAGCACGGCCAAAACAAAGCGGAUCGUCCGCACUGUCGCAUCUGUCUCGUGUCGUUUGCCUCGCCCAAAUCUCUGGAGCACCACCUGUCCAAUACCCACUUUGAGAAGCAGUUCUACGAGUGCGACCUGUGCAAGCGUGUGUUCACCAACUUGAAGGCCUGCGAGCAUCAUGUGGAGUUGCACAGAGCCCUGCCGGAGAUUGUGUGUGAAAAAUGCGGCCGCCAUUUCUCCCAAGCAAAAUCUCUGAAGCGCCACCAGAAGAAGGCGUGCCACCGCAUCUUUAAAUGCACCGACUGCUCCGAGACCUUCAGCAACAAGAACUUGCUCCUCAAACACAGCUUCUCCCAUCUUGGCCUGUUGCCUUACACGUGCAUAAGGUGCCGGUGUCACUUCCGCCUAGCCAAGCUCUACCGCCAGCACAAGUGUGAACCAGGGCGCAUCCACUGUGUGGCGUGUCUGAGAGAGUUUUCCUGUCAGGUGGACUUCAUCCAACAUAAGAAGGACACUGGCUGUUGGGGCAGCUGUGACGUCAAAGGGGACGAGAUCCGAUGUCUGGAGUGUGGCCUCAGCUUUAGCACCAAUGAGGAGCUGAAGAAACACGGCGGGGCUCACCAAAGGGUCCUCAAAUGCGCCGAGUGUGGGAAGGGAUUCCGUUCGGCCUUGUUGCUCAUGUCUCACAUGGGCGGGCAUGCUGGCAACUCUCCCUGCCUCUGUCAGAGCUGUGGAUUGGGCUUUCCCCAUCAGCAGAACUAUGACAGCCACUUGAAGACGUGUGGACAAAAACCCCAACCCGCCAAACCUGCGACUGCUACAAAGAAACACCCUUCAUUGAAGAAAAAAAAUCUUGAGACUGUUCCCACUACAAAGGACACACGGAAUCCAGCACCAGCACUCCCUGAGCCUAUCCAUGUGCAAAACAACACUGCUGCACCUGUCACCGACCCCGCUGUUCUACAAGUCGGGACAGGGGACAUCCCCUCCUCGGAUGGCUGUUGGAAGCUCACCCUUGACAAAAUCCCGCCACCCGGAGCUAAUCUCGUCCUGUUUGUUGCAGAGGGCUUGACAUUCCAGCCCACGAUCUCACAGGCAGUCCCAGAAGUCCAAAAUUUAGCAGCUGAUCAACAGCUCGGCGUGUGGCGUACUAUCCAAGAUGCAGAGUGUGAACCGAUGGAUUUAUCCAAGAAAGCAUCCAAUUCGACGCAAUCCAACGUUCCUUCUCCUGUGUUUAAAAGUGAGCCAAUGGAGUGUGAGGUGUCGGGAGAGGCGGAGAUACAAGAAUUGAGCGACUGUGUUAUGGAUCUCACGACAACAAACUCCGUAGUAAAAACUGAGCCUCAAUCUCCUGACUCAUCACAGAAGCCUUAGGAAGAAAUUAAAACGGAGGUUGACUUUUCGUAAUUAAGCAUGUGCUUAAACAAACCCGAAAGAGACAAUAAUACAAUGUAAUGGUUGCAGCCACCAGACUCUCUCUCCUCAGCAAUGCUAUUGUUUUGGUUAGUAAAUGUUUAUUUUCUUUUAUUAAAAACAUUCCUAUCUUUGGCAUAUUAGAAUAUUUUUAUUUUGUAAAAAUCGCGGGGAGUGUUUUUUUUUUUAUUUUAAUUUUAUUUUUUUACCCUUUUCAAUGUGUUAGGCAAAUUUAAAUAAAUAAACACUGGGUUCUUAUUCUGCAAUACUUGAAA